AUGGAGACUUCAAUUGUAUCACUGUUGAGAGCUUAUAACAUCUUUGGUCAUGUUGAUGGCACUUUGCCUUGCUCGGUGUCUUCUGAAUUCUCUAUUUCUGAUAAGGACUCUAUCGGCCCUACUACAGCUAAGGAUUCCAUGCUAGCUGCACUUUCUUGGAAAUCACAGGAUCAAUUUAUACUACAUGCUAUAGUAACUUUAAUUGAUGGCACUAUGUUGCCUCUUGUAGGUGAAGUAAGCACUAGUGCUGUUGCUUGGGCUAGAGUGCACCAGCUCUUUGCCAAUAGCUCUCGUUCUCGCGUACUUCAACUCAAAUCGCAGCUCUCUCAUUGUCAAAAAGGAGAGCAGAGUAUGAUUGAUUAUCUUCAUGCUGUCAAAAGCUUGGCUGAUGAACUAACUUUGGUGGAUAAUCCUAUCUCUUCUGAUGAUCUAACUCUGUAUAUUCUUGAUGGUUUAAGUGAGGAUUACACUGGGAUUGUAGGGUCUAUCAGCACGCGUGAGCAUGCUUUUUCUUUUGAAGAGCUAAAGGAUAUUUUAAUCGCUUAA